AUCUUUCUCCGGACAUGGCUCUAGCUCCUUUUCUCUUUUGCCUGGCAGCGCAGAGGGUAGUUGUGCUAUGCAAGCGAACGUCAUAAUCAGAAUUUUGGACUCCGUCAUUUCCGGUGGAGACAUCUUGAGGUGUCGCAUCGCGAGACGGCGAGGCUGUGGGUGACGUCAACCGUCGUUUCUGAGUACUUUCUCCGGUUUCAGAGAGGACUUAAUGUGAAAAUGCCUCAGGAAGACUCAUCAUCAUCUGCAGCUGCUGCUGCCUCUCAGAAACAAGAACAACUUAAAAACGGAAAGUUGCUGGUUUUCUCUGUGGCUGCAGACCAUCACAACAAUGACUUGACUAAAGCCCCAACAACUCUGUCUAGUUUUGCCAGUAACAUGCUUGGCACUGGCUCUGUCAAGAAGUUGGCAAUCAAAAACUUUAAAGAUAAACCCCUGCCACUGGAAAACUACACUGAAGAAACAUGGCAAAAGUUAAAAGAAGCUGUACAGGCUAUCCAGAAUAGUAUCUCUGUUAAAUACAGCUUGGAAGAACUCUAUCAGAGUGUUGAAAACCUUUGCUCCUACAAUUUAUCUGCAAACUUGUAUAAACAGUUGAAGCAGCUUUGUGAACAGCACCUCAAAGCACAAAUUCAUCAAUUCAGAGAGGAUUCUGUGGAUAAUGGCCCUUUUCUAAAGAAAAUGGAUAUAUGCUGGCAAAAUCAUAGCAGACAAAUGAGCAUGAUUAGGAACAUUUUUCUGUUCCUAGAUAGAACUUAUGCGUUUCAAAUUUUGAUGUUGUCUUCAAUUUGGGAUAUGGGCCUUGAAUUAUUUAAAUCAUAUAUAAUUUGUGAUCAGAAUGUUCGUAGCAGGACCAUAGAUGGAAUUCUUGUGUUGAUUGCGAAAGAAAGAAAUGGCGAAAUGGUUGAUCGAUGUCUGAUUCAAAGGCUUGUAACUAUGCUUUCUGAUUUGCGGAUUUACCAAGAAUCUUUUGAGAGUAAAUUCUUAGAAGAAACAAGCAGGUUCUAUGCAGCAGAGGGAAGGAAGCUAGCACAAAAAAAAGAGGAACAGCCAGCUGCCACUCCAGUGGGCUGCUUGCUGCGUCUUGGAAGCAUCUUUAUCCCUGCACACUGUGGGAAGUGCUUGCAUAUGCCUUUUGCAACCUCCUUGGUACUACGUUAUCCUUAG